AUGUCUACGUCAACCACUUCGCUCUCCGACUCUCUGCCAUCUUCCGUACCUAAGCUCGAUGCCACUGGCUUGAACUGGGCCAUCUUCUCGGUCCGUUUUCAGGAUGCCAUCGAAGCGAAAGGCUUUUGGGGCCACUUUGACGGCUCGAAACCCCGUCCACCUGUUGUCACUGUUACCGCAGAAGAUGGGACCACAACGACAACCGGCGAGACCGAGGAGGCACAGUGGCUCAAGGACGAGCGCUCGGCGAAGUCGUUGCUGACACAGAAGAUCCCUGAUUUGACGUUGAUGCGUGUCUAUGCCAAGGCCACCAUCAAGGACCGUUGGGACGCCAUCAAGGUCGAAUACACAGAGAAGGGCGCGUAUGCUCAGACCGAGCUCUGUGCCAAGUUCCUGGACUCGAAAUGCCCUGAUAAGGGCAAUGUCCGAGAGUUCCUAGGAGGCCUUCGUGUAAAGAAGGAAGAGCUGACGAAAGUGGGAGUCGACAUUGACAACAAGGACUACUUGUCAACGAUAAUCACAUCCCUCCCUCUAUGGCUCUCCAGCUUCGCAUCAGCACAGCUUGCAUCUGCGCGCAUGUUUGCUGAAUCUCGCACAAUCGACCCUGACGUCCUGAUUGGUCUUCUGAUCAAAGAAGCCGACCGCCAGAAAGCGCAGCGAGCAUGUCGACAUGGUGGUGGCAAGUCGAAGGAGGAGGACCGUGAUGAGGCGAUGUCGAUGGUGCCGUCAAAGGGAAAAGGGAAGGCAAAGGGUGGUGGAGGCAAAAAGAAGGACCAUAUCGAAUGCUGGACCUGCGGCGAGAAGGGUCACUACCAGAAUAAGUGCCCAAAGGCUGACUCUAGUGAAAAGGGGAAGAAGAAGGCGAAGGACUCACUGAAGCAGUCUGGCAGCGCGAAUGCUGCAGAGACGGACGACGAGGAAGAAGGUGCUUGGGCAGCAGAGGAAUCCGACGCCGAAACGACGUCUCAUGCCUCCAUGCCCAGCUUGCAGACACGCACGACAUCCUCCGACACUUCCAAUGGCGACUUCUAUUCCGACAAAUCUUCCGACGACAAUGGAGACCGUUUCUCUGAGGUGGCUGAAGACACAGAUGAGUAUAACGACUCGGAAUGGGAAUUGGACAACAUACCUGGAUCCCCAUCCGAUGACUACAAGUUCAUCGAGCAGGAAGCUCUCGUCGCCACUGAACCUGCCAGGCCAGGGCAGUAUGCCUAUCACAUCUCGCCGUACCACGAGCAGUUCAAGACCUUUGAGGAGAUACCCCCAAAGACCUUCCGCGCUGCCAACAAGCAGUCAUUCAGUGCAACAGGCAGAGGUGAGAUGGUGAUCGACAUACCUGAUGGUGUCAACUCCUUGCAGCUGCGGCUCACGGAGGUCCUUUACUCUCCGGAACGACGUUUGGCAGCGGAAAGUGUGUCAUACGCAGUCCAGAAGGCGAACUCGAAGGGGCUGUACCGAGUCAAACAUGAGCUCGAUUCAGCGAAUGCAGCAGUGGAGGCACUUACCUUGGACCAGUUGCACCAUCAGUUGGGGCAUAUCUCGCCCCGGAUCACCCAGAAGCUCGUCAAUGACAAAUUCGUGACAGGCAUGUGCUUGGAGCACACCGUGUCUGGCGAGCCUUUCUUCUGCGAGUCCUGUGUGUACGCAAAGGCAACGCGCAAGUCAGUUCCGAAGGAGCGAGAAGGCGAGCGGGUGGCAGAGUUUGGCGGCGAGGUGCACAGCGACUUGUGGGGACCGGCGCCUGUUGAAUCCAAGGGCAGCAAACGUUACUACAUUACGUUUACCGACGACAAAACGCACCUGACAAACCUUUACCUCCUCCACAAGAAGGACGAAGCCUUCACAGCCUACAAGGGCUACGAGGCGUGGUGUGGCACCCAGCUCAACGCCCAUGUCAAGGUUCUUCACUCAGACCGAGGGGGAGAAUACCUAGGCAAGGAAUUCACCCUCCACCUCAAAUCCAAGGGCACGGAGCAAAAGCUCAACGUGCAUGACACACCCCAGCACAAUGGAGUUGCCGAACAACGCAACCGCACAAUCGCAGAGCGCAUCCGGGCUCUGCUGCACUCGAGCGGCCUUCCGAAAUCCCUUUGGGGCAAAGCCGCACGACACGUCAUAUGGCUCAUGAACCGCACUCUGACCAAGGCCAUUAGCGGAAUGACACCCUACAAGGCGGCAUUUGGCAGGAAGCCCAACCUGCGGCAUGUGCGAGAGUGGGGCAAAAGGGUGUGGGUGAGGAUUGAGGGGGGUACCAAGCUGGGAGGGCGAGUUCGCGAAGGGCGGUGGAUGGGCGUCGACAAGCAGUCGAAGGGCGUGUGGGUGUAUUGGCCUGACACAAAAACGGUCAGCGUCGAACAAAAUGUCUACUAUGACGAGACGUGCAAGUCUGGCUCUCAUCUCGAAGGGGAGGAAUGGGAUGGGUUCAACGAAACGAAACCAGACUUAUCCAUAAAUUUGACUGCAGAACCUCCUCCAUCAACUUCUUCAACUUCUAAUCAGACCGCCCAACCUGCCGCCAGUGCCCCACAAGCUCCAGAACGCGAUGAGUCAGCGUCUGAGCCCGACGAAACUCCCUCCACACCGAAACCCCGCGAAAAGCGUGUCCAAAAGCCUUCACAACAUGUUCUUGACAUCAUCGAGGGCCGUGCCGUGUCGUCGAACCUCCCCAAAAGCCCAAAACUUUCUCCGGGCGUGCAGGUGCCAACUGAAAUGCUGAAGGAGCAAGUGCUUGAGGGGGAGGGCACAUCAGAUUGGAUGAUGGCCGCGGAUUUCGUCGACGAGUAUGCGUUGGUGGCGGAAAUCAGCAAGACAGGCAUUGGAACCUCGAGAUGUGAAGGAGUCCUCAAGGCAGCUGGCACAUGGGAACUGAUGGACACACCUGAUGGAGUCAACAUUGUAGGCUCCAAGUGGGUUUUCCGUGUGAAGAAGGACGCAGCGGGCAACGUCGUUCGCUACAAAGCGCGUCUCGUCGCGCAGGGCUUCUCGCAGGUGCCAGGAGUUGACUACUUUGACAUGUUCGUGCCCGUGGCUCGUUUGGCUUCGAUUCGGGCUGUUCUCGCGAUUGUGGCUGUCAACGACUUUGAAAUUCAUCAAAUCGACAUCAAGGGAGCAUACCUGAAUGGAGUACUCACCUCUGGCAAGGUUAUCUACAUGCGGCAGCCGCCUGGGGUACUACCACCGAGAAAAGGAGUACCAGGACGAGUGCCACCAGCUUCCGACAUCGAGGAAGACAUCGCCGAGGUUGGCUAUCGUAUCAUCAAAGAAUCAGCAGAUUACAACGAACAAGACGACGAGAUUGUUCAAGAGCAGCUUACCAGCAACAUACACAAAAAUCCACCAAGGGCAGGUAGACGAAACCCCGCAAAAACUUUGCAGACGCAAGAAAAUCAGUCAGAUCAGUCAUCCGAAGCGCAUAUACUCACUCAAUCAGCCGCUGCGAACGUGGUUUCCAUAAACACGAUGUCAUCAGACCCUAGCAAGAUGCCCACCCCUGGGUCAAAGAAGAGCCCGGACUGGAAAGGGAAGGUAGAGGAGCUGUUGGAAUUUUUCGAAGACUUUGAGGAGUUGGCAAAGGUAGCAAGCUUGAAGGACGAGGAGAAGAUGAAGUGGGUGUUGAAGUAUGUGGCUGAGAAGAGCACGAGGAAGUUUUGGAAGUCUCUGGACGCCUACAGCGCAACUCUGAAGGAUUGGGCUGCUUUCAAAAAGGAGGUUUUGGAGCAGUAUCCGGGUGCCGAGGAAGGCGAGGCAUACACUGUGCGCGACUUGGAGAAAUUGACGAAGGCGACAGCUGAAAAACGCAUCAACACGGAGGAACAUUUUAUGAAGUAUUACUCACAUUUCAAGCCAAUGGCGAAGUUCCUAGUUGCCAAGAACAAGAUCAGCACACUGGACAGUAAUCGGUACUUCUGGAAUGGCCUGCCCAAGGCGACGAGGAAGUUGAUUAAGCAACGACUCGACAUGACCGAUGCUGCCAGAGAUGUGAAGGUUAUGCCAUCAGUGGAAAACGUCGUCAAAGCAGCACGGAGGGUGUUGGGGGAAGAUGCGUUGGAUUCGGACAGCGACGACCCGAUUCCUGUACGAGGAAGGAGGUCAAAGAAGAGCAAACGCAGGCGCUCAAAGAGCAAUAGCAGCUCAUCAGAUUCUUCAAGUGAUGGCGAUGCUUCUGCGAAUGAUUCGUCUGAUUCUGACAGUGAUAGCGACGAUGGUGUGAAGAAGAAGAGGAAGGGGAAAGAGCGGACACGGAAGGUGGAGGUAAAGGAGAAAGUUGGGGAAGAGGUGGAAAGAUUGACGAAGAAGCUUCAUGGUCUAAAGGUCGGCGACGUCAAUUACGCAGCAACAUACAUCGAAUUGGUCAGGCUCGCACCUAUCGCCGCAUCUGUCAUUCCGAAGCCUACAUCUUCCGUCUGGGGUCAGACAGAGAACCAAACCUCAACAUCAGGAGUCAACACAGUGCAAGCGCCACUUGCACCUCCUCGACGGAAGCCUUGCUAUUUCUGCAACAAUUAUGGCCAUGUUUUGCGGGCUUGUCAUUGGGUAGAAGACUAUGUUGCUGCAAAGCGGGUGGUGUGGAAAGACAACCUUCUCUAUUUUCCUGAUGAACGAGGUGGACAGGCAGUUGAAUUCAACCAACAAGGACUCAAAGUAGUGGUCGACAAGGCUUUUGGCGGACAACUCGAGAGGGCACGCGACAGACCCCCGCACAUGGCCACAACAUCUUUCGUAGCUGUAACGCCAGUCAGUGCAACCUUUGCCACGAUGGAGGAGAUUUAUGAUAGUGAGUGCAAAGGUGAGGAGGAGGACGAGAUUGCAUUGAUGGAGGUUUUCGAGGAGCUGAGAGAGGCAGAAGCAUUUGUGAUGACGAGAGGAAAAGCAAAGGAGUUGGAGAAGCAGAAGGCUGAUGAAGAAAAAGGGACCACUGGAAGAAAGGAGAAAUCAGCCAAAGUAUCAUCUACGACACUGGAGAAAGCUUUUACCUAUGAAUCAGCAGCGGCGGACCCAGACGCAGCAUCCAAAAUGUACGACCGCAUCAUGAAGACACCCAUUCACGACAUGACUGUCGGCGACCUUGUUUCGCUGAGUGGUGACCUGCGUAAGCGCAUUGUCGAGCAGUGCCGCACGACAAAGACACCGGUUACGGUCAAUGCGACUGCUGCUACAAUGAGUGUCCAGUCUAUUCCGCUCGAAUAUUGUACGCCAUUGCGGGAGGUGGCUGUGAGGGUGGCAGCAAAGGUGGAUGAGAGAGCGUUGUUGGACGAUGGUUCAGAGAUUGUGGUGAUGCGGAGGGAUCUGUGGGAGGAGACAAGACACAAGGUCAAUAUGCGGCGAAAUAUGAUGAUGGAGACAGCGAAUGGCGACUUGGAGAAGAUGGAGGGUUGUGCUGAGUUCAUCGAGGUGGAGGUCAACGGCUUGAAGACAUGGGUGCACGCCUUUGUGGUGCCUCAAGCCCCAUUCCGAUUGUUGCUCGGUCGACCAUGGCAGAAGAGUGUCCUGCUGCUGAAGGCAGAGUUCGAGGAUGGCAGACUUCAUGUCACAAUCCACAGCCCUUUGGACCGUUCAAAGAAAUGUGUGGUUGAAACGAAGGAGAGAGAGUCGAGUGGAGGGAAAGGUCAGACAUUAAUGUUCCGAUCUAGGGAGGAUGUGUUGGAGGCUUGGAGGCGGUGGAGAGAAGGCGGAUGUGGUAAUGGGCUGGAGGAGGAGCCAGAAGGGGGUGAAGAGGUCAACAUUCUCAGGAAAGCAUCUUCGAUGGCAUAUACGGUCUGCUCGGUUGUCAGUCCUCAUCAAAUGUUGGGAGAUUCACUACAGCCACCAUUUCCGACUUCCUAUGCCAACUUCAUCCUAGGAACAACUUUCGAGGGAGGCCCAACUGCGCAGACCUUGGCAUACAAGAAGGUCGGGAGGAGGAUAAAGCCGGUUUCGACAACGAUGCCUGAACGCGCCAAAGUCAAGUGCCAUUUUCCCGAGGAUCCGCUGGCUACACUACCAGCAGACUUGGCAUGGAGUGAGGAGGAGAAAGGCCGAUUCCGCGAGGAUUAUAUUGAGCCCGUGGUCAUUCCGGUCAUCGAGCAUAUUCCAUGGUUCAAGAAAAGCCCUCCCUUCCCACCAGCAGUCAGGGAGAAAAUUAAGAAGGUGGUCGAGAAGAAGGUCGCCUCCGGAGUUUACGAAGAAUCUACCAGCUCGUAUCAGCAUACAAUUCUGUCAGUCAACAAGAAGAACGGUGACAUACGCAUCGUACACAACCUUGCACCGCUCAACGAGGUUACCAUAAAAGAUGGCUCACAACUUCCAAUUAUCGACCAGUACGCAGAGUUGUGCAGUGGCCGUGGUGUUUAUUCAACUCUCACUCGACAUCUUUGUUGGCUUUGA